AUGGUACAUCUCACCAAUCGCCUUUUGCAAUGCAAGAAUCCCGCUGUACUUAAACUAGAAAGAUUAACGCGAACUGAUGACAAGGCUAUGCAAAACGCCUUGAGGCGAUACAUGUCAAGCUGGGAAGAUUACCAGAAAUUCAUCUCUCGUGUAGAUAGCUGGUAUACAAAACAUGAGAAGAAAUAUCUCCGGUACAUGGCGCUAUAUGGUAGAGAAAUUCUGACUGAAACGGAAUUCAAACGAGCAUUCGGAGACUUGAACGCACCACUCAGCGAGUUGGAAGUACACACACUAUAUCAAAUGCUUGACCCACAUGGAUCAGGUGAAGUCGAUUACACGAAGCUGUAUGAAGCAAUUUGGCUGACAUUGGCGGAUAAGUUUAUUGCCGACGAGAGCUUGUACACGAUGGGGCUUGAGCAGCAGAACAAAUGGUUGUUGUUGACAUUCAAAGUGCCGAGUUGUGAACCAUUCGAUAUGCCAACGACUUUCGAGCAACUGGUUGACUUAAGUUACACAGGCGCCAUGUUGCGUGCCAUUAUUCAGAACAGAAUACCAUGUAUUCCAAGCAGAUCUAUUGUCAUUUUCACAGAUGUUUCACGCUAUGCGGAGACCAUCAUUCAUUGCAGUCAGCAGCUGUAUGAUUCCCCUUAUGUAGGUGGUCCGAAAUGUGCACCGGAAGAGGCUGUGAUUUAUUACGAAUUUUCAAUGGGCCGUGUAGACUGUCCGCUUUUAACAAAUCUUCGCCUAACUGAUGAAAUCAAGAAAACUACGGAAAGUCAGACGGAAGACACGGCACGCUCUACCAACCAGGGACAGUCCAGCUGUUUUUAG